GCCAGCUGUCUUCCCCUGAUCAACUGCAUACAUACAUCCAGGAAACAGAGCGUCAGGCCCAUGGCACAAGUAACUUUUGCCCUCCUGCUCAUCCUGCUGCUGGGUGCGCAGCUUGGGGCUGCCACCUUCAAAAUCUGCGCUUUCAACAUUCGAAGCUUUGGGAGGGCCAAGGCAGCCAACCAGAGGGUCAUGGGGGCUCUUGUCCAGAUCCUUUCUCGCUGCGAUAUCUCUGCCGUGCAAGAGGUGCGUGAUGCUAAAGGCUCGGCUAUUCGGAUACUACUGUGGGAGCUGAACAGGUACGAUUCCUCCCAUCACUACAGCCACCUGGAGAGCAAGAGGCUUGGCCGUGGCAGCUACAAGGAGCAGAAUGUCUUUGUGUAUCGGACGGAUGUUGUAUCAGUCACCGACUGGUGCCAAUUUGGAGAUAAAGACGCUGGAGACUCUCAGGACUUUGCUCGGGGACCCUUUGCUGCACGUUUCCACUCUCCAAGCACAGCCAUCAUGGACUUUGUGUUGCUCUCACACCACACCAGCCCUCGGGAAGCUGCCCAUGAACUUGACUUGCUGUUUGGAGUGUGCAUGGAGCUGAUGCAACGCUGGAAAACUCAAGAUGUGAUGCUGCUGGGAGACCUGAAUGCUGCUGGGGCCUACAUCCCAGCAAGUGCAUGGGCUGGCAUCCGCCUGCGCAGUCACCUGGCCUUCCAUUGGCUCAUCAGUGACAGGGAGGAUACCACUGUCAGCCACCGGACUUGCUGUGCCUAUGACAGGAUUGUAGCCCACGGCGAGGAGCUCCUCAAUGCUAUCGUGCCCAGAUCGGCCAAGGCUUUCAAUUUUACACAAGCACUUGGACUGUCUGAAGAAGAGGCCCUAGAAGUCAGUGACCACUAUCCCGUGGAGGUUAAUCUGCGGCUUGCACCCAAGGCCCAGCGAGAGCUCUGAGUCUUCA